CUUCAGUCCAAAAGCAACACAAAGCCUGUUGCGCCUGAAGCGAAGGACCCAUGGGAUUUUGAGCUGCGCCCUCGGUGAGAACGAGGGGUGCCUCAUUCUCCGAUUUCUGGAUCCCGCAAGGGACCCGCCUGACGCGGUUGCGAUGGACAGUGAGAAGGACAAGUACGAUUACCUCUUCAAGUUCAUCAUCAUUGGCGAUGCGGGCGCUGGCAAGUCUUGCCUGCUUCACCAAUUCAUCGAUAACAAGUUCAAGAAGGGCUCUUCUCACACCAUCGGAGUCGAGUUUGGCUCCAAGGUCAUUACCGUUGGAGGCAGAAAUAUCAAGCUGCAGAUUUGGGACACUGCCGGGCAGGAGCGGUACAGAUCUGUGACCCGCAGCUACUACCGCGGCGCGGCAGGUGCUCUCAUCGUCUAUGACAUCACCAAUCGCGACUCCUACAACCACCUGGUGAACUGGCUCGCAGACGCGAGGACGCUGGCCAGAGCUGACAUCUCCAUCAUUACUGUCGGCAACAAGGUGGACCUCAAGGAGAAGCGAGAAGUGACCUUUCUGGAAGCUAGUCGCUGUGCACAGGAGAACGAUAUCCUCUUCCUCGAGACCAGCGCUCUGACGGGCGAAGGGGUCGAGGAUGUCUUCAUCAAAGUGGCGCGAAUGAUCCUCAAUAAAAUUGAGGAUGGCCUAAUCGAUCCUCAUACCAUGGUCUCGGGCAUCCACACGGGCGCGCAGCGCCUGGAAGGCGGAGCAGAGGCUUCAGCGAACAAGACCUGCUCUUGCUGAAGGUUCUUCGCUCUACGCUCGCGCUCCGGGCUGAGGGUAUUGCAGCCGUUCAGCGGCAGCCAAGGAUUAGGAGCGCGGGGUUAAUGUUGAACCCGGAUCUAAGUAGAAGCCGU